CGACUCCUUCAGCAAGGACGCACAGCACUCCCUUCAAAGGACAUCGACAUCGACAUCAGACCAACAUCAACCUGAACUUGUAACCAGAAACCAGAAUCCAAAGGCCAUAGACCGAAUGCUAAAUGCCAACGUAAAAGUCCUGUAAAGCGUUUACAUUCAGCUUACAUAAAAUGCUAGGGCUCUGCUAUGAGAAACACUAGAGACGCUAAUUAGCCAGACAUGCUAGCCAAGUUUUGACAUUUUUUUUCGCGUUAGUGGUUUAUUGUGCGGUGUGUGAGCAGACAUAUUUGUGCCACCACUUUUUUGUUUGUCCUUUUUUUCGUUGUGUGCCAUUUUAGCCAGUGAACAUUGCCAAGAUACUGGUAUAUACAAUAGCGCCCAGCUAAUUCAUAUUAACUUGUUGUGCGUUGCCCGAGCAUCGUAACAUCCUGUAUAUGUGUGCAGGUUCUGAGUGCAUUUUCAUUAAAGUCAACAAGUUGCAGCCGCAUAAGGUCAAAUAAAAGCAGCCACCGGGAAAAUGAUGGCGACGUCACAGGAUUAUUUUGGCAAUCCCUACGCCCUUUUUCGCGGUCCGCCCACAACUUUGAGGCCGCGGGAGUCACCAUUGGGCGUCGGUCAUGCCCACGGCCAUGGGCAUAUGCAUGGACACGCCCACGGGCAUGGACACGCCCACUCGCAUUAUGCAGCGUUGGACUUGCAGACACCGCACAAGCGGAAUAUUGAGACGGAUGUGCGGGCUCCACCGCCGCCAUUGCCGCCCCCGCCACUUCCGCCAGCAUCGCCGAGGUACAACACUGACCAAGGAGCGAUGGACCAGCAAUUCUGCUUGCGCUGGAACAAUCAUCCCACAAAUUUGACCGGCGUUCUCACCUCACUGCUGCAGCGGGAGGCGCUAUGCGACGUUACGCUCGCCUGCGAAGGCGAAACAGUCAAGGCUCACCAAACGAUACUGUCAGCCUGCAGUCCGUACUUCGAGACGAUUUUCCUGCAGAACCAGCAUCCACAUCCCAUCAUCUACUUAAAAGAUGUCAGAUACUCAGAGAUGCGUUCUCUGCUCGACUUUAUGUACAAGGGCGAGGUCAAUGUGGGGCAGAGUUCACUGCCCAUGUUUCUCAAGACGGCCGAGAGUCUACAGGUGCGCGGUCUCACAGAUAACAACAAUCUGAAUUACCGCUCCGAUUGCGACAAGCUGCGCGACUCUGCCGCCAGCUCGCCCACCGGCCGUGGUCCCAGCAAUUACGGCUCCGGCGGAGGGGCCGGGCUCGGCGGAUCCGGUGUUGAUGCGAUGCGCGACUCACGCGACUCCAUGCGCUCCCGCUGCGAACGCGAACUGCGCGACGAGCUAACACAACGCAGCAGCAGCAGCCUGAGUGAGCGCAGCUCGGCGGCAGCAGCAGCUGCGGCAGCUGCAGCGGCGGUAGCUGCAGCCGGCGGAAAUGUGAAUGCGGCAGUCGCCGCCUUGGGCCUAACCACGCCCAGCGCCGGCGAACGAUCUCCGAGCGUGGGCAGCGCCAGUGCGGCGGCUGCGGCGGCGGUGGCAGCUGCUGUGGCAGCGGCCGCUAAUCGAAGCGCCAGCGCUGAUGCCUGCAGCGAUCGCGGCAGUGAGCGCGGUACCCUCGAGCGGGCGGAUAGUCGCGAUGAGCUGUUGCAGUUAGAUUAUAGCACCAAGGAUAACAACAACAGUAAUAGUAGCAGUACCGGCAACAACAAUAAUAACAACAACAGCAACAACAACAAUAAUAAUAACAGCAACAACAAUCGGGAGCGCAACAACAGCAGAGAACGAGAGCGGGAACGAGAGCGAGAUCGCGAGCGUGAGCGCGACAGGGACAGGGAGCUGUCCACCACGCCGGUGGAUCAGCUGAGUAGUAGUAAGCGCAGACGUAAGAACUCAUCAUCCAACUGUGAUAACUCGCUGUCCUCGAGCCACCAGGACAGGCACUACCCGCAGGACUCUCAGGCCAACUUUAAGUCGAGUCCCGUGCCCAAGACGGGCGGCAGCACAUCGGAAUCGGAGGACGCCGGUGGACGUCACGAUUCGCCGCUCUCGAUGACCACUAGCGGCCACUUGGGUGGGGGCGGAAAUGUGGGCGCGGCUAGCGCCCUCAGCGGCCUGAGCCAGUCCCUGAGUAUCAAACAGGAGCUGAUGGAUGCCCAACAACAGCAGCAUCGCGAACAUCAUGUGGCCCUGCCGCCCGAUUACUUGCCGAGCGCUGCUCUGAAGCUCCAUGCCGAGGAUAUGUCAACGUUGCUGUCCCAGCACCCGCUGCAAGCGGCAGACGCCCGGGAAGAUCACAACGACACCAAGCAGCUGCAGCUGGACCAGACGGAUAACAUUGACGGUCGCGUCAAGUGUUUUAACAGUAAGCACGAGGAUCGGCAUCAGGAUCGCGAUAGGCUUAUCGAUGAGGAUGAGGAUCGGGACCAUGAUCGGCAUCGGAAUCGGCACCGGGAUGGAAGCAAGCAUCCCAGAAUUGAUGUGGAGGAGGAGCCUGACCACGAACAUGACCAGGAUCGAGAGGAUAUCGAGGAGGCAGCUUACCACACCGCGCCUCCGAAAUAUAGAAGGGCGGUGGUGUAUGCACCCCCGCCGCCUGAUGAAGAAGCUGCUUCCGGUUCCGGAUCCGGUUCUGAUAUCUAUGUCGAUGGUGGCUACAAUUGCGAGUACAAGUGCAAGGAACUUAACAUGCGCGCCAUACGCUGCAGUCGCCAGCAGCAUAUUAUGGCCCACUAUCCGCCACACCACCCGCACCACCAUCGAUCGCUGAUGGAUUGCCCAGCGGAGGCGGCCUACACACCACCGGCCACAGUCGUUGGCGGCAAUCCGGGCUAUCUGGCCAGCAAUGGAUCCGUGCAGCAGUUGGAUUUGUCCAGCUAUCAUAGUCACCACCCGCCACCACCCAUGCCCAUUCCACCACCGCCCACUCAUGCCCAAAACUCGCCCCACUAUCAGAGCGCAUCUGCAUCGGUGACCGCGACAGGAUCAGGCGUAUCCGCUUCGGCUUCAAUAACUACCACGUCCGUCUCCCCCCAACCCAGUUCCAGUGGAUCGAGCGGAUCCACUACCUCCUCGGCAGCAGCAGCCGCUGCGGCGGCGGCCAAUCGGCGGGAUCACAACAUCGACUACUCAACCCUGUUCGUUCAGCUGUCGGGCACCUUGCCAACACUGUAUCGGUGCGUGAGCUGUAACAAGAUCGUUUCGAACCGCUGGCACCACGCCAAUAUCCACCGGCCCCAGAGCCACGAGUGUCCUGUUUGUGGGCAAAAGUUCACCCGGCGGGACAACAUGAAGGCCCACUGCAAAAUCAAGCAUGCGGACAUUAAGGAUCGCUUCUUCAGCCACUAUGUACAUAUGUGAUCACUUCUCUAGGCAGGCAGACCGAAGCGGGAACUAUAAAUUGAAAUCAAAAGCAGAGAAUGAAAAGGUUUUCAGACUAAUUAGUAAUCAAGAAUCAAGCAACGUAUACGUAAUAUAAUGCAAGUUAGAGUGAGGAGCCAACAGUCAUCAGUUGGAUGUACAUCAAUAUCUAUUUAUAUAUAUUUAUAUACAACCUUAUAUAAACCUAUGCUAAUCGUAGUUGAUUUCAAGACUCUGAACUAUCUAUAUUGUUAAAUCUUUGAAACCUCUAGAUGCUUUUUUUUAGAACACUAGCAAACCAAAAAAGAAAAACAAGAAAAGAAAGAAAAAAAAAUAUUUAUCGAUUUAGUAAUACCGAGACCAGUACUCAGUGGCAGGAAACUUUGAAAAGUAUUAUAUGUAGAAUUCCAAUCGAUUUCCGCGUCAGUUAUUAUUUUAUUUAUUUACUUAACAUGUGCUGUAGUGAAUGUUGACUAAUUUUUGUUCGUGUCAUUUUGUGCCAUAUUAGCUAAACUCUUUUCUAGUCCUUAGGGCCUUAAGGUCAAAACAGAAACUAAAUAAAAGUAUCAACAAAUAAAGGAAACUGCUCCAGUUAAACGAGUAGGGCAGGCAACAACGAGACUUUAAAAGGCAAGACGUCGGGCUGAACUUUAUCGGAUUCUCUCUCUAUUAUAAUCUAUGAAAGAACUAAAAGAUUGUCUUGUUUUUUUCGAAAAUUGGUUUUAGCAAUCCAUUCAAAAGAAAAUAAAAUCCCGGACGGCAUCCAAUUUCGAAUCCAUUGGCCAGAGCCCCAAAAUAAAAGCAAUGGUUUCUGAAAUCGGACGAGCCUCCGAUUAAUAUAAUAUCUUUGGCAAACACCCACCGAAAUUGAUUAGUGUUGCUUAUUAAUAAUUUAAUCAACAGUUGAGGAUUUCAGUGCUUUGCUAAAGAGCCACUUAAAUCAAAAAGAAAUAAGAAAUGUACUUAAAAGCAAUAGAAACCAAUGAAGCAAUGAAUCCACUUAAUUAAUACUUAAAUAAAAUAAUAUGAAAGUACACAUAUGUAAAACAGAUAAAUCAAUCUUUAAAAUCUUUAACUUUACUUAAUAAAUCUCUUUCGAAUCAGAUUCCAGUUCUUUUCAUUAAAAAAAAAAAAAACAAAACAAAACAAUUAUUUCGUUGGUGAAUUAAACCCUCAUCCCUAGGUACUAAAAACAAACAAACACAUUAAAUAAAACGAACCCGAUUCAUAAUUAUAUUUGAAAUAAAAAGAAACAAAACAAUCCAAAAUUUAAAUAAAAAUUUAAACAUCAAGCGCACUCUCUUAACGGUAAGUUGAAAUUUCUAAGAUCUAUUUAAGCACAAAUACUUCCCCCGUUUAAUUUUAGGCUUAUGUUAUAACUAAGUUAAAUAUAUUUGAUUUAUGUCUUCUUUAUUUACAACAAAAGCUACAAAUUCGAACAAAUCUAAAGAAAACGAAAAAAAAAAAAACAGGAAUUGGCCAAACGAUUGAAAAUUUGAUUUAGUUACUUAAACUUUUUAAACGAAACACUUGCCUCUACUCACUCACUCACUCGAUCUACUAUCUUACUCUAUAGCUCUAUUUAUCUCUCCCUCUUAAAUCAGUCUGUCUAUCUCUUACUGUCUUGAUCUCGCUACUUUUAUUAAUGUAUGCAGUCUGUUUAUGGCGAGCAUCUAAAUUUUUUAAAUUUAAAUGUUUUGACAGGCAGGAGGGGUGUUGAAUUGAAUGUGUUCGAUGUCUUCUCUUAUCGAUGUUGCUGCGCUACAGUUUAGUCUUCAUCCGAAAUCAGUCAUAUUAAUUAUUAUUUAUUCGAUUGUCUCAUUGUUUUUAACCUCAUCUGCGUUUUUUGACCCCCAAUGACCCUGUCCUUCCCCCUUCUCUCACUCUCUGUCUCUGUCCAACUUAUGUACAUUCACCAAACAACCAACACCACCCCGCCACUUCGCGGAAAAUUAAACAGUGACAAAAAAUUAGACACUAAUACGGUUCUUGGGCUCUCUUCACAAAACAAAAAAUUAACAACGAAGCUGAAAAGAAUACCAGACUGAAUCAAUUCAAGCGAUCAUAUUAAUUAAACCAACCAACCGAAGAAUAAAACAUUAUUUUAAGUGUUAAACCCCCAUCAUUUGCACAUACAUGCCUCCAUAUUAUUUGGUUUGGGUCGCUCCAGUUGUUCCCUAAUUCUUACCGAUUAUUGUAAAUAAUUUCCUUGAGCAUAUUUUAAGUGAAUCGUUCCACUUCAGAGACGAUUAAUGAUUUAAUUUAAACCAUCAUUAUUUGUGUGGUAAUCAUUUCCCCCACCCCCCCGUUCAAGUGCUGUACACAUUUCUCAUGUUUUCUCAAUAUCCAUGGAAAAGUAGUGAACGAAAAACAAAUAUUUAAUUUUCAACUGUAUUUAUUAUUUAUUUGUCGAUUUUUUGGGUGUAACAAAAUUUGAUUGCGAAAAUUUGCUGUAUAAUUUCCCCAAGAAGAGUGUUCGAAACAAUGACACUUCAAUAGUUGGCUUUUAAUUUUGAACAAAGCAACCCAAAAACGAAAAAAAAAAAAACAAAAGAAACCCCACCUUACCUUCCGUCUCAGGAAUAUGGGAAAAAGAGAAAUUUGAUUUAACCAACAUUCGUUUCAGUUAUCAUAUACUCCAUGGCAAAAAAGAAAAAGAAAUUACGAAUAA